AUGACAUUCAGCUUGCCUUCGGUCAAAUCAUUACCAGAAUUAUCAGAUUCUAAGAAAAUAGAGGUUUUAGAUCAUUUGUUCGAGCCAUGCUCCACACUCCAAGCAUUCUUAUUGCCUAAAGUGUUCCUAGCAAAUUUCCAAUCCUAUAGAGAAUUUAUAGAAGCAUCUCGUAAGGAAUUGUUGAAGUUUUUAUCAGAAAGUAAGAAUGGUAGCGAUCCAAGAAUAUCUAAAAUUAUCGCAGCACAUCCUCGAUUAGGUGCCCCCAAGCCUGGGAAGGUCGCGGAAACAUUAUCUGAGCAUUCAUCUGCUGAACAGAAAUCGUUACAGGGGAGCCCCGAAGAACAAGCAAAAUUAGUAGAGUUGAAUGAAAAAUACGAACAAACAUUCCCCGGUUUACGGUACGUCGUGUUUGUAAAUGGCAGAAGUAGACCAACCGUGAUGCAAAAUAUGAUAGAAAGGAUUGAAAGAAACGAUAUAGAGUUGGAAAGAGAAGAUGCUUUUAACGCUAUGUGUGACAUUGCCUUGGACAGAGCAAGUAAAUUGGGUGCGAAAUUGUAA